GAUGGAUUGUGCACUGCUGCUGCUGUCCCUGUGGGCUCUGACUGGAGCGGUGUCCCCGCAGGCUCCAGGGUCGUGUCCGGAGAGACUCCUGGGAGAGGAGAGGAGGAGGACGUGUCCUCGGCCCUGCAAAGCUGACAGAGACUGUGGCAACAAGCGUCAGUGUCUGUGUGACGGCCAGUGUGGUCUCAGCUGUGUGGCUCCAGGUCGGACAUGUCCCUGGCCUCUUCCCCCCUCUGAAAACUCAGUGGCUCGCCUCCUCUCUCCCACUCACUCCUUUUCCGCCCUGCUUGAAGUGCGCUGCAAGCCGGGAUUCACGUUACCCAAUGGCUUGGAUGCCACUAUUCGUCGUUGUCAAGGUGACCGACAGUGGAGUGGGGACGAUCCCAUCUGCAUAGAGUAUCCUCCUGCUGAGAGACAGGCAGAAGAGACUCAGUCACCCGACGAACCCUCCGCCGUCCAGACCUGCCCUCUCCCCGAGGAGAUCAUCAGCACCUUCAGCAUCGAGGGCGACGCAUCAGUGGGAACUUCCAUUCGCUACAGCUGCCUGUCUGGGGCGGAUAUCGUGGGGAGCAGUGAAAAUUUCUGCCAGGAUAAUCAGACCUGGCAGUAUCCUCACCCCAUUUGCAAAAAGGUGUACUGCCAGCCUCCGCGGGAGGUGGAGCAGGGCUACGUGGUGGCUGUCCAGAAGACUGAAUAUGAAGUUGGCUUUGACAUCCACUACCUCUGUAGAAAAAACUUCCUACUGGAUGGACCGCAGAAGGUCACCUGCCUGUCUAAUGGCAGCUGGAGUGCAUUGCCCCCAUACUGCAGAGCUCGAUGCCUCAUUCCUGCCGAGCGAAGCCGCGUGAUGAUUGGUGGAGCGAAGCGCUGGCCGUUUGACGUUACAGAUGCUGUGGUUCCUCACGGGGAAAAUGUGACGUUCUUCUGCAAACACCCUCGUAAGCAGUGCAGCUUCACUGCAACCCAGACCUGCUUUGAUGGAAAGCUGCAGCCACCAGCCUGCUACCUUGAGCCCACGUGGUUGCAGUAUAAACUCUUCCCUCACCGGUUGGUCUCAGAGAUCGAAGCAUGUGGGCCUGAUGAUGUGGAGAUAUGACCUCGAUUCAAGCAACAUCCUGACACUGUGUCACAAUAUGAGCACCCACAGCAGUCCGUCUCCACUCCGCAGCUUUGCUUACACUUUCUAUGCUGUGCUCGUGGUCUGUUUUAUGAGCUGAAAUACUUCGUGGAUCCUGUGCUUGUGGCCUUUGACCCUUUCUCCUGCAUACUAUCAAACUGUCGCUGUAAUUAUAAUCUGCAAACCCUCUUAAGUAUUAUCCUCCAGCUUGAGCCGCUGUAGAUCAGUGAUACUCAACUUAUGGCCGACGGGUCAAAUCAGGGCCCUCCUAGGCUGCCAGGUGGCCCCCGAACCAUUUUGUAGUUCACAGUAAAAAUAAAUUGAUUCACACUGGGAAUUGUUUUUGUUCUUUUAGUGCACACAGUGUGACAGAGCGCAUAAAACUGCAUCAAAAUAGAGCCUGAUAAUCAAAAAAAGUGCCAGUGGAGGAUCCCUUGCACCCUGCAACAGAGGCCCUAGCUAAGGCCCUAAAGUCAUAAAAAACAUCCCAAAAUACUAGAAAUGUCCUUAAAUCCUAGAAACUUUCGACAA